AUGCGAUGGUCUUAUGGUGUUAAUACAAAAGUUUCGGCAAUUAAUUUAAGUACCUCAACUAAGAAAUUAGUUUAUUAUGCUUGUGCUCAUGCAGCCAUAAUAUAUGAUUAUGGUCACAACGACAUGAAAAUGUUGCAAGGGCAUCAAAAUGAAAUAUCCAGCAUUUCUGUUGAUGAAAGUGGACGUUGGCUUGUUAGUGCUGAUAGUGGCGAAGAUAAUGUUGUUAUAGUUUGGGAUAUUAUAACUGGAACAGCCAUCAAUACCUUAUUUAAUAUACAUGAACAAUAUGCUCCAAAAGUAGUUAGUAUUAGUAGAAAUGGUAAAUAUUUAAUUACAGUUGGUAAUGAAAAACAUCCAAUUAUCAAAUUUUGGUUGUGGACAUUUGGAAAACGAAAACCGGACGCUGAAUAUCGAUGUCAGUCUUCUGUUGGUAUUGUAAAACAUUGUAGUUGGAAUUUAAAUUAUACAGAACAUUUUGCAAUUACAUUUGAAAAUAAUGAUAACGAUACAUUGAAAAUACACGAGCCUACAUACAAAAAUCCAAAAAAUGGUAUUAUAACCCAAUCCACAUAUUUAUUAGAAUCGUACAAAGUAUGUUCAGCUACUCUAAAUGGUUUUCUAAUUAUAUGGAGUAAUAAAAUCUAUAACACCGGCGGAUUCGAAAGUAAUUUGCAAUUACCUAAGAGUAACAAUAAACAAUAUAUUAAAUCAAUUAAAGUUUGUGAAUAUCCUAUUAAUACAAUUUGUGGCGUAACCGGAUAUAUAGUAACAGGCGACGCAAAUGGGAAAAUUCAUUUUUAUGAUACAGCCUUAAAAUUAGUAUUUUACUACGAUAAAUUUAAAUUCGAUUCAAUAAUUGGUAUUAGUUUUCAUGCGGAAACUCCAUGUUAUGUAAUUAGAAAAGAAGAUGAAAAACUUGAACAAGUAUGUCCCGCUGUUAGUGACCCACCUUGUAAUAAACCCGGACAUGUAACUGAAGUUGUUAACAUAAUGAGAGUGUUAUCAGAUUAUACAUUGGAUAGGAAACUUUUUAUUGUUCCAGAUUUUUUGGUGUUAACAACAACUGGUGCAAUGGACUUGGUGCAUUUUACAAAAGGAACCUUAGAGAGUCUAACUCCAAGUGCAAGAGGCAUAAUAACUGCAAUUACGACUCAUACUUCUAAAAAUAUCAUGCUAACGGGUAACAAUUAUGGUGACCUAGUUAUGUACGAUAUGAAUGCGCAUCUUGUUGUUGGCGAAAAUGCUGUAACCAUUUUAACAGACGAAGAUCAUAAAAGCUUGACUGAUGUUAAUGAUACAAUCUAUAUUACAGCUUUAAAAUUCUCUGCUGAAGGAUACCAUCUUGCUUGUGGUUUAAAAUGUGGAUGUGUUUGGAUGAUAAAUUCUUGCACUUUAGAAUGUUUAACAGAUAAACCUUUCAAUCAUUGUAAAACACCUAUUAUCAAAAUAUGUUUUUCAAGUGAUACCAUGUUUAUGGCAUAUUAUGAUACAACAAAUAAAGUAUGCUUAUAUCACUUUGAAAAAACAACAAUGGCAUGGAAAUUCCUUGGUAAAAUACGACCACAUUAUAAAAAAAUUACAGACUUAAUAUUUAGCAUGGAAAAUGAUGAGAAAACUCAGUUACCAAAUUUAUUUUCAAUUAGUUAUGACCGUUAUUUAGUUCGAUACGAUAUCGAAAAUAGUUUGCAACUUGAGCAGUUAAUUAUAAAAAGUGCGGAAAGAAUCGAGCAAACAGCUAUUCCAUUAUGUGCAGUUUGGUGUCCAGUAAGAAAAUUCUUGGAUCAAAGAUUACUCUUAGCUGCUGACAACACAUACAAGUUUAAAUAUUACGAUACAGCUGAAGCAAUGAUACAUGGAACGUAUCGUUCACCUACCUUUGGUAAUACACCAAUACAACGCAUGGAGGUAAUUCCACAAUCAGUCUUUUUAAAAUCAAAAUCGGAAAAUAGGUAUUUAGCAUUUUCGAAUAAAUGUCAUUUUGGUAUCCAAAUUUUACCACUUGCAGGAAAUCCAUACAGUCAUACAGCAAUGAUAGGAAAUCCAGAUGAGCUUAUUGAUAUGGCUUUAAGUGCUGAUGGAAAAUUUUUGAUAACCCUUAGUAAAGACAGUACAUUUGUUUUCCAAUGGUCCUUAAAUCCUAGAGCGUGUGAUGUUAUGGAAAGAAUUGGUGGCACAGGUUUAGAUCCGUACUAUUCAUUAAUUGAGGGCGGCCGCAACGGAUGGUUGUUUCAUGAAAUGGAAGAUCUAUUCUAUUACAUGCAAAUAUUAACUCAAGGCGAGGACACGGCUACCAGCCGUGUGGUAUCAAAUAAAAUUAAAAUAGGUCAAUUGCCAGAUUUAAUGCGUGCUUGUGGAUUUUAUCCUACCGAAUUUGAGGAUGCUUUCUCAGAAUUAGCUAAAAUGGGACCUGGUCCAAAAAUGCGAACAAUUAUUCAGCGUUACGAUUUUAUUGAAAUUUUAACCAAAUUAGAAGAUAUUCUGGGUAUUGAUUUAAAAGCAAAUUUUCCAAAUAUGUUCCUGGAGGAAGCACAACCAGAAGGCUCAUUUGAGUCAAGAUAUGAUGGAUCAAAUGAUAUAAUUUUUGUUAAUCCUAAUAUUAAAGAAAAAUCUAAACCAUAA